ACCCUGACUUGUUAAUUCAUUGCUUUCAGUAUUCAUUUUCUUAAUCGCAGUUUAAUAGCUUUGCAUGUAUGACAUUGUUAUGUUAUUUCUAACGAUCAUGUUGGUUGACUAUAAAUAACGAUGAACAACCCUCGAAACAGCACAACCAGCUCAGCUACCAGCAGCUUAACCAACCAGCCAACCUAGCUCCAACCAACCAAUCCAACCCUAUCUAACCAACAAUGAAGGCUACUCUGUUCUUCCUGGUCGUCGUCCUGUGCGCAGUGGCUCUGGCUGCUCCACCAUCCGAACAAAAGCGGGGUGGAAAGGGAAAGUCCGAAGUACAGGGCAAGGGCAAGGGCAACCGACAGGACGAGUCGGGAUCGAUGGAGGACGGACAGCAGGGUGGCAGCUCGGAGGAGAGUCAUGGUGGAAAGGGUGGAAAGGGCGGAAAGGGCGGCAAGGGAGGAAAGGGAGGAAAGGGCGGUAUGGAUCGUGAGAUGGAAAGCUCGCCGCGUCGCAUGGAGAGCCCGAAAGGAAAGGGAAAGCAGGAGCAGCAGAAGGAACACGGCAAGGGCCGUGAAAAUGGCAAGGGCAAGAAGAACUAAGGUGACGAUUGGUUCGAGUGAUGGUUGAACAAUAAAGCAUCUUGAAAACAAAA